AAGAAAUGUGAAAACCUACUGGACGAACGUCGAACGGGAGAAAAUAGUGUACCAUUCAUCCGAUUGCAAAAAUUUGUGCUGUCUCUGUGCUGUUGUUCUGAGUCUCGUGAAUCAAAUUGUGCAGUUGUCUGGAGGAAAAAGUAUUUUUCAUUCGUUUCGGAUAGUGCAAAUUGCUUAACUGUGGUCGCGUUCGACGGUGCAAGCAGGUUGAUCAUUGCAGCCUAAAUUACCUCGCAGGAAGUUAACACAAACGCGAAUGAAAGCAAACAACAAGUGAAGUGGAGUGUUGUGAGGGUGGAAAUGUGAUUAUAAUCGAACGAGAGCGAAAUAAAUACACAACAAAAUGUGAAGAGCCAGUGGAACGAAAUAGAAUAGCAUCGUUCGAGCUAAUCAAGAAAAAAUGUUUGUGUGUUGAAGAAAAUGUGUAUUACAUGUUUAUUAUGAGAAAAAAGAGGGAUAGUGUGUGGAACAGAGUAGUACGAAUUAAGCAUUGUGCACAAACGACAGUUCAAAUGUUUCACGGUUGUCGGCAGAUCAGGUAUUUUGAACGACGACGGCGGAGAACAACAACAGUAGCAGUUACAACGAAGGCGGGAGAAACCACAACGUGCGUGUGUGGUGUGCUCACUCGUGACCCUGUGUGCCCGAAAAGUUGUCUGUAGGUGUAUGUAUCCAGGACUGCACAGUGUGUAGUCUAGCACGCCACACGCGGUCAACUGUGUGUGCGUGUUUGCAUGUGUGUCAAACAUAAAGUAAUAGUGAAAAAGUGUGUAUAUGAGUGUUCGAAGAUCAUUGUGUGUUCAUAAACAUAUACAAAAGUUUUACACGGGAUCUCUAGCAUAACUAAGGCAACAAUAAUAAUUAAAGAGUGCAGUGAGAACUAGAAAUUUCGCACGAAACCAAGAGCACGACAAAAAAUAAAACGACGGGUGGAAUCAUUGAGUUGGGAAAGACGGAUUCUGUAAAACAAUCGCACCACAGCUAGACUGGCUCGGAACGGUGAAGCACGGGGGGCAGAGUCUCCCGAUACGUCACCGGAAGGCGGAGCCACCUGCUGGUGGGCCCCUUGGUCAGCGAUGGGUUGCUUCGGAUCUGCUGGUUCAAAACAGUCGGACUCGAAUAGUUCCGAGGACACAAAAAGCCAGAAACGACGGAGCGAUGCCAUCACGCGACAGCUACAGAAAGAUAAACAGGUUUACAGAGCCACACAUAGACUGUUACUGUUGGGCGCCGGUGAAUCGGGCAAAUCAACAAUAGUGAAACAAAUGAGAAUAUUGCAUGUUAACGGAUUUUCCGACACAGAAAGGAAACAGAAAAUAGAGGAUAUCAAAAAGAACAUCAGAGAUGCCAUAUUGACAAUUACCGGUGCAAUGAGCACACUCACACCUCCUAUUCCAUUAGAAAAACCAGAAAACCAAGCCAGAGUAGACUACAUCCAAGAUUACGCAUCAGGUCCUGACUUCAAUUAUCCACCAGAGUUCUAUGAGAACACAGAAGAAUUAUGGAAAGAUCGCGGUGUUCAGCAGACCUACGAGCGAUCGAAUGAAUACCAAUUAAUUGAUUGUGCUAAAUAUUUUCUGGAUCGUGUUAGUGAAAUCAAACAGCCUAAUUAUACUCCAACCGAGCAGGAUAUACUGAGAUGUCGUGUCUUAACAUCGGGUAUAUUCGAAACUAGGUUUCAAGUUGAUAAGGUUAACUUUCACAUGUUCGAUGUUGGUGGUCAGAGAGACGAACGACGUAAAUGGAUUCAGUGUUUUAACGACGUCACCGCUAUUAUUUUCGUGACAGCGUGCUCUAGCUAUAAUAUGGUUCUGCGGGAGGAUCCAACGCAGAAUCGGUUGAGGGAGUCACUAGAGCUGUUCAAAAGUAUUUGGAAUAAUAGAUGGUUACGAACAAUAUCAGUCAUUUUGUUUUUAAAUAAGCAAGACUUGCUAGCGGAGAAAAUUAAAGCCGGCAAAAGCAAACUUUCCGAAUACUUCAGUGAGUUCAAUCGUUACCAGACACCCGCUGACGCUGUUUGCGAGAUGGGUGAAGAUCCAGAAGUAAUUAGGGCGAAAUAUUUCAUCAGAGAUGAAUUUUUGCGUAUAUCGACAGCCAGUGGUGAUGGCAAACAUUACUGCUAUCCGCACUUUACCUGUGCGGUAGACACGGAAAACAUCAAAAGAGUUUUCAACGAUUGCCGAGACAUCAUACAGAGAAUGCAUCUGCGGCAAUACGAGCUGUUAUAGAUAUACUUAACGAUUUCGAUACAACCUUAUUGUCUCAUAUUAGUUGUGUCUACCGCAAAAAUAUCAAAUCUAGCCAAACUUUACUAAUUUUAUAAUAAAAAUAAAUAUUGAUUAUCAUUAAUCAAACAAAAAAAACGGAAACUUAUACAGUCUAAACCAACAGAGAGUAAGCGGAGGAAAUAAACCAGAGAGAUCCAACACAACUAGACGACACGGUCAAACAUCCGCACUCUCGCCAUAAAGUCGUAUCAAGGACCGCGGUGACAAUGCCGCUCGGACAAGUGUUCAGCGUCACACUAUGGUGGAGUUGGAAUUGCUGGGAGGGUUAACAUGCAGAAGUAGAAGAAUCACUGGUAGCGCUACAAAAUAAGUUUGCGGUGAAGUGGAAACACAACCCAUAAAUGCACACAAAAAAGUAAUGUUUAUGUUAUGAAAAGAGUGGGAUACGAACAAAAUCGAUUCUGUGCAAACGAUACAAAGAAGCAUCGUACGAAGAACAGAAAUCAAGAAAUGAUCAAUGAUGAACAAAGAAAAAAAAACACACACACACACAAACACAAAAUAAUGAAGUAGUCGUCGUCGUUAUUAUUAAUACAAGCAAGCAAAUAUGAUAACAAGAAAAAAGAAAAAACUAACGUUUGAUAAAAUAAGAGCAAAACUAGAUGGUAUGUUUAUAUACAGAACGAAGACGAGAGAGUGAAAGAGAUAGCGAUGAUUCACCGCCAUAUAAAAAUGCGCCAGAAGGGGAAAUACGUGCAAAGAGAAAAAAAAUCGCUUUCGGCGAAAACAGAUUAAAAAAACUAUAUGUGUUGAGUAAGCAUAAAUAGUGGAGCAAAAAAAAUCAUGUCUUUUCACACAAGUGGAGAACAGAGCAGCUGUCUAGAAAGUAGUCUGUGAAAUGUUUUUAAUUUUUGAUUAAUUUUAGUUUUGUGAUGGAAGGAUAGUGAAUAAUGAUAAGCAACUUAACAAUUGACGCGAACACAAACAUACACACAUAAACACAAACACAUACACGCGUACACCUUGAUAACAAACAUUCACGUCGUUUAGAUAUGAUGUAGCGAAGAAAUGAGUCAAAAUGAUUGAUGUUAACUUUAGAGAAAAACUGUUUCUGUUUAGGAGAGUGUUGCUUCUAAAUUCGUCCAAAAAUUAUAACGCGCUGUUGUUGUAGAACUAUUUUCCAGUAUUUUUAAUUAUUGUACCAUGUAUGCACAUUUUACUAUAAUAAUAUAUUUUUGUUUUAGAAAAUUUUAUCUUUCUUGUUGACUUCGCUUUAAAGAGAGAGUGAGAGAGAGAAUGAGAGAGAGAAAGAAAGAGAGAUAAAAUAUGAGAGAAAUGAUUUAUUUUUGUUUAUGUAUUUAAUAAUUUAUGAUGCAGAAUUUUUUAUGUUUAUUCUGUAACAUAUACGUAGUCGAAAGAAAAGAAACUAACAAGACAAACAGUGAAUAGAAAAAUGUAGGCGAAAAGUAGGGUAAAUCUCCAAACUAGUAACUCAUGAAGGAGAGAAAAAAAGUGCAGAGGAAAACAAUCAAGAAGAACGAUUGCUUCAGAUUGCCUAGUUCACACUUUCACACGAUCUGAAUCUCGGAACCGAAAAUAAGGAAGCAAAAAUACGGUAAUGACACGCUGAACGCAUUUCAUUUUUAUCGUAACGUAGAAAAUUUCCAUAAGGUGAAACUUUCAGUAGUAUUCACGUAUACCAUGGUGAUUAUAGAGAAAUAAUUUUGUGGAUGAACCUAGGUCGCCAAAAGCUGACCUCGUUUUAAAAUUACAAAACCAUAUUUUUAAAACUACAUCAUGUAUUAUGUACGCAAAAUUUCUAACUGAAAUUAUAAUAACGAUUCAACAGCAUUGUGUCAUAUAGGUUCUAUGUUACUCACGUGAGACAGUUCCGCUGCAUUGUUUCUACUUUAUUUCUGUGUUACAAUAUUUUUAGUUAUCGGAAUGUCGUCCACAGUAGUCUCGCGUCUUGACAUUAAAGUCUAUCCGAACUUCAUAGAACUGGACAGAGGAGGCACACGUCGCAAAUGUUAAACAAUCACAACACACCUGAGUAGUCUAGGAAGAGUCUUAGAGAGAAAGAACACACCGAAUGAAAGAAAAAGAGAUGUUUAUAUUAUACUGUUAUUUAUUUUAGUCCGCCUGUGCAAAUUGCAGAUUAAUAUUGAAACCGAAACAACCAACCUUUUCCUCUCUCAAUUUCUCCCGAAAAGAAAAGAAUAGAUUCUAAUUGUUAACUAUUCUUUAUAUUUUAUACUGGUAGCAAAUCCUAGAAAAAAAAGGUGGAGAAGCUGCGAAGCCAAUAGAUAAAACACUACACACAAAUGGAACGUCUAACAGAUUGAAUAACUAAAAGUGAACGUAUAUAACUAAGGCAUAUUCAGAGAGAUAUGGCAACAAAAGAACAAGGAGAGGAAAUAGUCAUACUUUUAGAAAACGGGAGAUAGAGAAAGAGAGGUAUAAAAACAGUCGCACAAAUAGAAAAAAAAUAAAUCAAGCAGAAAUGUGAAAAUUGUUUUCAGUUAUUUUUUUUUCUGUUGAUGGGUUAAAUUUUGCAGGUAUUUAUCAUGCCCAUCAUUUUUCAGGUAUUUAUAUUCCCAACGGUGCUAUCGAGUAGACUUUUUCUCGUUGUUAGGUGCUUUCUAUUAGAGUUUAAACAUGCUUUGUAAUGACAUCUGGGCCACCAAAAUGGGAGAAAAAACGUUCUAGAACAACGCUGUCAAUAGUAUUGCAACGCUGUCGCUAGAACAACGCUGUCAACGGUAUUGCAUUGGUGGCAAAUCAAAACAUUGCUUUGUUCUUUAUUCGGAAUUCAGCACUUUAUUCGGAAUUUUUUUUGCUACAGUAGUCAUUCGCUAACUGGACUUUUUUUGACAGGGCGUGUGUUAACUCCCCUGCAGCUCAUUUAUGUAUCAAUAAUAGGCGUCAUAUUUUAUUUGAAGUUUUGCUUUUGCUGUUUUGCAGCCCAGUUAGCCAGUUAGUGAACGAGUACUGUGCUUUUGUAAAAGAGACUUCUGCUAUAAGCUUGGGAGGAUUUGCUUUCAGCGAAAAGCGUGCACAAUAUGUUUAGUUUAGUGUUUCAGUUACAUCUAGCAAUUCAUACAAUCCAUAGCCAAUCAAUAUUGUCGGUAUACAAUGUUUUUGUUCAUUGUAUACCGACAAUAUUGAUUGGCUAUGUUUUUGUUCAUUAUUUAAGCAAUGUUUUUGUUCAUUAUUUAAGAGACUUUACGCUUCUGGGCUGGUUCGUCUCAAACAUAUAUUGUGAUUUUAGUUAAUCAUUGAUCGUUUACAUUUUUAUGUGGUUUUUUCGUUGAUAUGCAUGAGAUACACAGCCCUAUUCUUUAUUCCGACGGAUGUCCGUUUCGUUAGAAACCGAUAUUCCGUUCGAGUUAUAAUUUCGCCUUCCCUAUUUCGAACGUUUUGCCCAUUUAAAGUCCAAAAAAACAGAUCGAACGGAAUGCAAAAACAACUCGUAUGGAAUACAGAAUGGAAUUUUAUCAAGUCGUUCGAAAUAUUUCGAAUCGAUCGAAAUACAGAAUAGGGGUGACACUCUCACCAGCUCACGUCUAGUUUCUUAUGAAUGAAUGCAUUUAUAUCUCACAAGUGGAUACCUACCCUUAGAUUCAAAUUCAAUCUGAUGAUAGAGAUGAUAAAUGAACCGUCUAGGAUCAGCUACACAGACCACGGUAUGCUUGCGAGGUUCUUGUAUUAAAGUCCUGUUCAAUUUAUAAUCGGUAUGCCUUCAUCUGAUAUAUUAGGUUGGGAAAAAUUAAUCCAUUAUUUUCUCGGUAGCUGGCAUUAGUGAUCAAUAUCUCGCGUAAUAUCGAUCCUACAAUUUCAAGUUGAAGCUCGUUGUAAAGGUGACAUUUUACUCUAAAAAAAUCUUUUGCUGUUUUUUGUUUGUUCAAUUCAGUUGUUAUCACCCUGUAGAUAACAAUGGAAGUCAAAGAGGAAAUUCGGUACAUUUCACACUUUUUCAUAAAUAAAGGUACCGAUUUUCAGACAGCAUCUACGCAUCCAGCUGUCAACAGCGUAAUAAUCAUUAUUCGGGUACUCAAAAAAUGUAAAAUAUAUCUUCAAAUAUACCCUAAAAACCCAAAGUACCCGAACACUUCACUUCAUUCCUAGCAUUCGAAAAAAAUCACGAAAAUUCAUUAUUUUGUGACCUUUCGACAGGGGUCGCCCCUUAAUGUUUAGCUUUUCGGUCCUAUUUGAUACUUUCGGUUAAAAGUCCGACACUUAAAACCUUCCCAUUGUGAAUACUUUGAACCGAGUUUGUUCGCCACAUCCACGUUCCUAAGUUCAGAAUUGGUUAUGAAAGUCUCCUGACGUUCUGACGCAUUUGACAGUGGACCGUGCAUCUCCGAUGUCUUCAUUGAAUCUUCAGGAAAUAGACAAACGUUUUAGAACAGCAUGGACGAUGGUUUUAAACAUUUUCAAUUUCUCGACUCGACCAUGUCAGGUAUUCAUAGUUUUGUAGAAUUAAUUCUGUUCUUUUUUUCCCCUACCAGCAAUUUAAGAUAACACGAUUUUUUGAGAAAAUUGCGCAGGAUUUCAAGAAAAGACUGCAAACAAAUUGCUGUUAAAGAUUCCAGAACCGACUAGUGGGAGCGGCCCCGUCCUAGGUGACCAUGUUUUGUUUUUGAUGCCAACAUGUCGAGAACAAAACAGCUGAGAUGAUGAUGAUUUGAAUGCUCUUGGAAAAGAGUACAAUGGAAAAUAAAAUCAUACAUAUACACAGAUUGAGUCUGUUUUGACUCACUCGUUAGUUUGUUUCAUGCGAUCCUUCUAAAUUCAUUCAUUGAAUGUUGUUGUUCAUCGUGCAAUCUCACGAUUGUUUGCUGCAUUCUUUUCGAUUAUUCGAUUAUUCAUAAUUAUUCGAAGUAGAUACAAGAGUGAUUUAUAAUUAGGUGUGGAGAAAUGAGCGAAUGAACCAUACUUGUUUACAUUUAGUUGUCUAUAUAUUCCAUGUGAAGACAUGCUUUUCAGUGAGUUUUUAUUUAUUAUUAAGAGACAGUCGUUUCUUCGAAGCAUGGCUUGACAAUUUUUGAACUAAAAGAUUAAAUUGACCUUUUCACUCCUUCCUUUCUUUUCAGUCAGAGUCAUUUACUAUUGUGUGUAUUCUCUACGCUUACUGAAACAUCGGUUCUUUAAUUUCAUUCUUUUUUGUAGACGUUUUCACUUGACUUUCACUUUCACAUGAAACUGCUCGAAUGAGCUAUAUUCAUUACCAUUUGAACGGACUAUACAGUCAAUCGCAAAAUUGAAUGUACACAUGCUAUUUGAUGAUGCACUAUUUAUUUGUGCAAAAUAUUUUGACUACGUUUCUUCUUUUGAUGCAUAUUAAUAACACGCAUAUUCAACUAACUAUGCGCACAAGAAAAUUUCGUGAAAAGUUUUUUUGCUAAUUAUUUUUCCUGAAAGUUGAAAACAAUCUCUAUUCUAAGCAUUGCAAAAUUGAGUGUAUACCUUAAAUUUCUCCAAACAAAUUAACCUUUUAAGUAAGAUCUUUGCGAAUUACUGUACUUUUUCCGUCAGUGGGUGAUGUCAACACCAAACCACUCCUUGGGCAAUGAUGGUUGUUGUUUUUUGUUAAUGUUUAAAAAAGUUUUUUUUAUCAAAUUGGCAAGUAAGAAGAAAUAAAUAUAUAUUGUUACACGUGCAAUGUUAAUAAGUAAGACUUGUCGAGGAAAAACAUUGCGGGAAAUAGCAGUGGGAAUACGAAGAAACCAUGGACAUAUCCUGGGUAGUGGACGCAAACGGAUCCUGUCUUCUGUCUUCUGAUCUGACUUCCGAGAUAGCCGGCAUCAUUGGAAGACCUGUCUGCGCAAACACUGUCCGUAGAGCAGUAUACAGGAAAAAUCGGAGAGGUCGUGUUGCCCGUAAAAAGUCUUUCAUCCCAAAGGUUAAUAUGAAAAAAACAUUACAGUUUGCUAAGGCAUAUGUAUACAGACAUAAGGAGAUCUGGGAGGCACCUCCGUCUACAGUGACCAGAAAUCUCACCUCGGCGUUUACAGGAAGUUCUGGAUGCCAAAGGAGGGCCAUACCAAAUACUACAGUAUUGAUUUUUGUUAUCUGUUAACAUUUCUGAACUGAUUUAAAUUUUCUUUUUAAGAAGAACUUGAACUGUACACUCAAUUUCGCCACGUCCUAAUUGGAGAUUUUUUGUUUCUACUUUUAUAUAUGAAGUAGAAAUGUGACCAUUUUAAUUUUUUUCUUAUCUCUACAUGAGAGUAAAAUGGAUCGAUUUUACGAAGAAUAUAAGUCGCAUUUAUUAUUUACUUUUUAACCCCGAAGAACUCAAAAAUAACAAACCAGCACGAGGUGUAUACUAACAUUUGGGAUUGAUUAUAUGUCAGGUUUAGUUUCACAUGUGGAAGAAUGAUCGCUGCUUCAUUAGUUUCAGUGAAUACAAUUCGAACUCAAGCGGAAUUCAUGAGUAUAAUAUAGCAUUGUGCAGUGCAUAUUUAUGGAUGUACAUCGGGAGAGACAAGUUAAAGCGUUAUUGUUUUAUUUCGUUUUUACUCCCUAAAGAUGAAGAAAUGAACAUUUUUUCACUAUUCUAACAAUAUAGAAAUUAUAUUUUCAAGGCUCGCAGUAUCGGUUUGCGUUAUGUGGGAAAACAGUCUGCAAUCAAAAUAUAAAAAUACACCAACGGACAACGCUCAAUAGUUAUUAAAAAUAAAUACAACUUUAAAAGCCCUUACUCCGAUUUUCGACAGUAAUUAUUGUCCCAGCCUGCAGGUUAUGCUUAAUUCGCAACAUUCCUGUCGAAAUGUGUGGCCGAGGUCCGACGGAUCGAUUGCUGUAAACGGGCCAUAUGAACGAAAUCGAAUUUCAUUCUUCUUUUAAAAAGUUGAACUACAACCUACUUUCAUGAGUUUUAUGGGCAUUUUGCUAAAAUACUAUGAAACCGUGAUUAUUUUAAACAUAUAAACUCAAUAUUCAACGCCAAUAAUGACGACUUAAUUUUUGUUUACGAAUCGAAAUAUGCUUCGUCUAGUACUCCAUCUGAUACGUAUCACACUGACCGAAGAGAUGCUUCGGCAAGUGACAUUGUAGCUCAUCGGUUAUUGGGAAUAAAUCAGUUAUAAUUUUUUCGAAUUUCUGACUAUAUUCGAUUGAGCCUGACAGUGGUUUUAGUAUGUGAAUAAGUUUGAAAAAAAUGAUUACACUCUCACUUGCUGUGAUAUGAUUCAUUUCCACCAAUCUAAUAUGACAUUUUUGUUGUUUUAUUGUCAGCUAUCAUUGAAAUUAGGCGUCUUUUGAAUCUCCGCGGGUUACGUAUAGUCGAUUUUAGAUUUUUUUUUUUGCAGCGCUAUGUUGGUACUCAUGUCUGUUACUUAUGCUGACAAAUUCGGUCAUUUUCAGCUGCUUUGAUUGCAUGUGUUUUGGCUUGUCCUCGAAUUUUGCUUGGAACAUAAUAAAUAAAUGAAUCUCUAAAAAAUUUGUAAAAAAAAAUUAUAGAGAUUCACAAAAAAGCACGCGUUCGCAUUCCGACUUGUGGGAUAUGGUGACGCUACCUUGAACCGAUGCAACAUUUAUCGGUGUUACAAAAUGUUCUCAGAGGGCCGAGAAGAUGAAAACGACGAAAAGCGCGCCGGAUGUCCGAGCACGUCAAUCACAGAUGAAAACAUUGAUGAAGUGAAGAAAAUAGUAUUGGCCAACCGUCGAAUUACUGUUCGAGAAGUUGCUGAAGAUCUAAACAUAUCGAUUGACUUGUGCCAUUCGAUUUUUACCAAUUAUUUGAGUAGGAGACGAGUCGCCGCGAAAUUAUACCAAAAUGAGGGAUUUUCUAGCGUGAAGGUGAUAAUUUCGGACGCUUUUACGAGCUCUGAACAAAUAAUUCAUUGUUUUGUUUGUUCUUUCUAUCAUUAUUUUAUUAUUUGUUUCUAUAUCUUUUAACAACAAGAAAUAAACGGAAAACAUAUUAAAAAUUAAAAUAGUUACAAGCUGAUGAAGUGAAGAAAUUAAAUAAAAAAAAGUUGUGUCAUGGCGUACAUGACUCCACGAUUCUGAAAAAAAAAACCAAUUGAUUCUUAAUCAGUUGAAUUUUGGUCCGC